AUGCAUGUUUUGGCGUCGGUGACGGGCAGAAGAGCUGGCAGCGACAUUUAUUGCAGACGGCCGGUGGUUGCAGGAGAAGUCAAGAGGCAAGCCAAUCAGUGGUACGUCUGCGUGUCUGCGUGUCUGCGUGUCUGCAAGUGUUGGUGCUCUGGGAGACCACGUGGAGGCGAGACAAGUUGUCGGGGCGUGAGGCUGGCCCGAAAAGCGCUGGCAACCGGGUCGAGCUGGUCACGAGUUGCCGGGCGUCCGGUCAACCGGUCACCAGGUCCGAUCUCAUCCGAGAGAGACGUGGCCGGGAGGAGGUGGAGGCCUUCUGAACGAAAGAUAGAAAUAACCGGUUUAUUUGAGGAUAUAGUCAUCCAAUUUCGUUUGUGGUCUCAAGGGAAGUGGUGCCUUUUCGGGACAAUCCAACUGGCAGAUACAAUAUUUGUAAAUGAUGAGGAGCAACUGAAAAAAAAACGAAAAACCGAGUGCCUCUUGGAAAGGAUUUGGCCAAAUCUCAUCCGGUCCAUUCACCAUUUUGCCAACCCAAAGUCGCCCUCCUACCAAGAGAACGUUGUUUCCGUUGCUAACGUUACCGUGGGGCAAUUGUGGUCCACUUCACUUCAUCGGAUGUACCAACUGCUGCCGAUCGGCUACUGUCUCAGACGGGCACGUGCCAACUUCCGGACCACAAACACGUGGCCCGUCAACCGGUUGCAGGAGCGCGAUUAG